AUGACCAGACCCCAGAUGAUCCGAGCAGACCAGUCCCUUCGUAGAGUAGAGCAGGAGGAGCAGGAUGAGAUGGCAAAGGGUCCGUUGGAGUCGGAUGGGAACUCUGAGAUAUAUUCUCACCGCGACGGACUUGAGGUAUACCGGGAACAUGGCGAUGUGGAUGGUGAUAAGCCCAAUGGGCUAGGAAACGGUGACCUGUCUCACGAGUCGAGGAAUGGAAGCUCUACGGAGGAUGAGGUGGAGGUUGAUGAAGACGAUCAAGACCUGGACGACGAUAUGAUGGAUAAGAUAUCGAGCUCUCCGUCUAUUGACGAUGAGGACAUUGAUUUCGAAUUCGUCUAUGCCUUGCAUACUUUCAUCGCGACCGUGGAGGGCCAGGCGAAUGCCACGAAAGGUGAUACCAUGGUUCUUCUUGAUGACAGCAACAGCUAUUGGUGGCUGGUUCGUGUUGUCAAGGACGGGAGCAUAGGCUACCUGCCGGCUGAACAUAUCGAAACCCCCACAGAAAGACUGGCCCGUCUCAAUAAACACCGUAAUAUUGAUCUAUCCGCCACUAUGCUAGGCGACAAUGCGGAGAAAUCAAAGAACCCCCUAAGAAUAGCCAUGCGCAGAAGACACGGUAAAACCGUUACCUUCAACGAGCCGCUCUGCUUUGAAGCUGAAGAGGUUCCAAUUGACUAUUCAACAGGCUCAGAAGAGGAAGAAGAGCACUUCCUGGAAGAUGACGAUGAAGAAGAGGAGGACGAGGAAGAGGAGGAUGAAGAUGAGGUACAUGAGAAGCCUGCGCAGACGAUCAAGCAAAAGGAAGACGUCUCGAGGAAAGAUGAAGACAUGGCUGUCCAGCCUCUACGGCCGAAACAGCAACAGAAGGAGCUGGCCACAUCGAUUGAUGAUCGAUCCGAGCCCAAGGAAAGCAUGGAGGAAGAUAAUGAUGAUUUUGGCAAAGACCAACUAGACCUUCCACACGGCCGAUCUAGGAACGGGGUGGUGCGCAAUACAGACUCAUUCUUCAAGGAUGAUAAUCUCGAGACGAAGAAAAUCUCUCUCACCCCCAACCUUCUCCGUGAUGAUUCAAUUACGACACAGCAACCCGACAAGGACGGCAGAGUCCGCGGAAGCUUUGAAUCAUACGAGAAAGCGUCAGUCUUUGACAAGAGUAAAGAUGACAAGAAACGCAAAGACAAGAAACCAGGGAUGCUUAGCGGACUAUUUAAGAGGAGGGACCGCAAGACCAAGGUCACGGACGAUGAUGACGACCAAGAAAAGGUCUCUGAAGAGUCUACCCGAUCGAUUACUCCAACCAGUACUGUGAAUGAUCAUUCCAAAGAAGGACCUAAACCUCCACAUACCUUGCAAAGGACCCCAAGCAAGCUUCAAAAACAGCCUCCCGGGGAACAACAGGCCUCCGGUGCGAAGAACGAACAACAUGGGCGAUCAGCCACAAAACAGGAGACUGCCGCACCCCAGUCACCACCAGCAGCUAAACAAAACUUCCAGGCUCCUGUCCAGCAAUCAUCACAACAGCAACAACUACAACAGCAGCAGCAGCAGCGGGCCCAGCAGCGAUCCACUCCUACUCGGGAUGCACAAGUACGAUCUCCAGACGUAUUCAAACCGCUCACCAACAUGCAAGAUAGACCAAUCCAAGAGAAGUCCGAGACCAGUGUUUCUCCCAUCAAAGAGCCCCAUGGCUUAUCUGAAUCCGCAACAGAUCUUCCCAGCCACUCGUCAGCAAAGCAAUCACAGCACCAAUAUUCUUCCUCGCAAACUUCAACAUAUUCUGCGCACUCAACCAAGAAAUCAACUCUCAUAUCUCAGCAUGUAGACCCAGUUCAGCAAGACCGUGAAUUUACCUUUGACGAUAACUUUGAGGACCACAACACAUCCGCUGACAAGGACCAUUAUACCCCCAAGCCCACUGUUUCACCUUCUCCCACAGCUUCCCCCGCCUUCUCUCAAGAUCCUACCCUCGAGGAUGACAGAAGUCAAGAACAAUCCAUAUCACCAUCUACGAGUAUCCCCCCUGCCUGGAACGACAGCGGACUGCGCGCCUACAUGGAUGAUGGCAGUGAUAUCCGUGAUCUCCUAACCAUCGUACACGACAAGUCCAACGUACCCGCUGCGGGCCCAGAUCAUCCACUGGUUGGAAGCCUCUUCAAGGAAGAAAGCAAAGCAUUGAAUGAAAUGUCUACCCGCUUGGAUGAAAUGCUGAAUUCUUGGUUAACGAAGAGCUCGCUCUCUUCAUAG